AUGAAGAUGCCCUUGAUCUUGCUGCUUCUCGUCGCCGCCGCAUCGGCGUUCGUCCACCACUUUGACCAUUCAAUGUUUGCCAGACCGGAGAAAACGUGUGGAGGACUACUCAUUCGUCGUGUCGAUAGAAUUUGCCCGAAUCUAAAUUAUACAUAUAAAAUUGAGUGGGAACUUAUGGACAACUGUUGCGAAGUGGUUUGCGAGGACCAGUGGAUUAAGGAAACCUUUUGCAGAGCGCCCAGGUUCAACUUUUUCGGACCUUCAUUCAAAGCCCUUGAAAGAUCGUGUGGACCAAAACUGUUCACAAGGGUUAAAACUGUGUGCGGUGAAGACAUCAAUGUUGAUAAUAAAGUCAAGAUUUCGGAUCACUGCUGCACACCAGAGGGAGGAUGCACAGACGACUGGAUCAAGGAGAACGUCUGCAAACAGACCAGAUUCAACUUUUUCCGACAAUUUCUCGAUUCCCCUCAAAGAUCAUGUGGACCCCAGUUGUUCAAAAGAGUGAAUACUUUGUGUAAUGAAAAUAUCAAUGUUGAAAAUAAUGUAAGCGUGUCGAAAAGCUGUUGCGAAUCAGCGGCAGGAUGCACGGAUGAUUGGAUUAAGAAGAAUGUCUGCACACAGCAUAAGCCUUUUGUUUUCCGUCCAGGCUUUUACUGAUUGUCAUUUUGGGGUCAGAAUAAAUCAUUUUCAUUCAAAAC